AUGGAUAUCAUCAACACUCUUGAAUUUUCCAAGCAUCUCUCUAAACAGGCCCAGCAAGCUGAGACCCCAUCGAAUGAGCCAAAUCUCAGCGAUCUGCAGCUCCACCCACACGAGCUCGAGGCGAUUCAAGUAUUAGCAAAGCUCAUCAAUAACGGCACCACCUACUGGUCAAGCCCAGACAUGGAUCUCGGGCUAUCAAUGAUCAAGCCACUCGCCGUUCUCUUUCUCCAUCCCUCUACGGACAAGUUUCAGAACUUCCUUGCCCUAGAAUCUUUGUCCUAUCUGAGCGGUUCUGAGGACGACACGGCUGAAAUCCUAAGAUGGUCUCAAAUUCUUGAUCAAUUGGAUGGAAUAAUUGAAUCUGAGCCUUCCAAACAAGCAAUCCAUUUCAUGGAUUCCCUUCUCUGUGAUCCCGCGUACCGCAAGAGAUUCGCUCCGCCAGAAGACUCGACUCAGAUAGACACUGCUUACAUGACUAGGCUUAAAAAUUUCAUCCUCUUGAUCAAGGAGGAAGACCACCAUGUCCAUUGUGCUGCUGCUAGCGCACUGUGGAACCUUACUCAUUCAUCCCCGGAGGUCUGCAAGCUAAUCCUAUCAGACCCCUCAUUAACUGAGACCUUGUUGAAGUCCUUCCGACAAUGGUCAGGUGGGGAACGGGAUGUAGCAGGCUUCUACUUAUCAACCAGCGGCUCGAUGAUUGGAGUAUUCACAAACAUCUACAAACAGCUUGACUGCUCCCCCGAGGACAAUCCUCCGGCACUCUUUGUGGAUGACCGCUUGCAUUACGCACUUUGGCUGAUCGACGACUAUUGUGGGGAAGGCAUGGAACAUGGAGAAUUCAAAGACUGUCGUGAUCUUCAAGAUGACGUCACUGAACUCUCGACCUGGAUCGUCGAUAACUUCGAAGCUCGCAAGAAAUUCAACCAUUUCGAUCUGAAUGGCCGGGAAUCUGCUGAUUACGACGCUUAUCGUUAA